AUGUGUGAUCAUUCGCCCGGGCAGAGCCCCGCUGCUUUGGCACACUCGUUUUACGAUGCAGCUGCUGGGAUGACGAGAAGCGGGAGGAUUGGAAGGCGCUGCAGCAUCGCUUCUGUUGAUUCCAUCCGAAGUUUCGGAGGGCAGAGCGUUGUACCGUGGGAGUUGGCGCUCUUUCUCGUGGAAGAGAUGAAGGGGGAGAUGGUUCAGCCAGGUGCUGUGGUGUACACAGCCGCGCUGGCCGAGUGCCGGUGGGCGGGGGAACAACGACACGUGGACUACAUCCUCGAGGAGAUGAAAGCGGAGGGACUGAACAUUGUGCCAGGCAUUCCAGGGGCGACAGAUGACGAUCCGCCCCCAUCACAAUCACCCCCACUAUUCGGAAAGCUUCCCGAACCACCGCCCAACAGCGCCACGCCGCGACGCCAGCCAGGAACCGGAGGAGCAAAUCAACACGCCGCUGCCGCGGCCGUCGAGAAGAUGCAAGAAGCGGCAAGGGCGGCGGAGGCCGCCCUCGCCACGGUGGAGACGAUGUGGGCGAGAGCGCAACACGACCCGUCCCCGGCGACGUGUCGGGCGGCGCUCGACGCGUGCGCGGCGGGCGGGCAGUGGGAGCGCGCGCUGUCGUUGGUUCGGGAUGCUGCCGCGGCGGUGGCGGUGUCCGCCGAGCCCGACGCAAGUGCUCGCCGUGAUGGGACAGCAGCAGAGGAGGACGGUGUUUCCGGGAGGGUGGAGGUUCUGGCCCUCGAGGGCAGUCGGGGGAGGGUGAGAGGAAUGCUCAGAAGGAGUCUCUCAUGUUGCAACCUCAAGGGCGCCCGCCCCGAGGUGUAUCUGAUCCCCAGAUUAUGGUCUUUGUUUCGAUUUGAUGGGGGAUUGGACGGGGUAGGCACUGAUGUACCGGAAGGCCAAGUAUUUCAAUCACGACUGCGUCUAGCCUUCUUUUCAGCGACGUAUUGCUGA